AAUCUUAUUUUUGUUUUUAUUUGUCUCCAAAACGGUCCCCAUCCCAAAAAGUUUUUCAGCUUGCCAACGUGGCAUUCACACAACGAAACGACACUGUGUUUGUUGAAUCUGUCCAUUUUGUUGAAUUCAGGAGAAAAACGGAAAAACCAACAGUUUUAACUGCCAGAAAUUUUGAUCAAAACACUCACCAAUUUCUUUUGCGCACCGCGCACGUUAGCGAUCCUGGCAGACCUGCAGCGUUUCUCCUCCUCGCUUCGCCAAUACAAAGAUCACAUUUUCCUUUCCUUUCAUUUUCUUUAGGUUUUAAAGCUCUCUCCAGGAAUCAAUUCAAUUCCUUUGCGUAAAUAGAUUUGGUUUUAAAUCGAUAAAAGUUUAGACCAUUUCUUUUUUCUUCUUCUUAAAUGUAGGUGCAUUGUAUCUUAAUGCCCUAAUUCGAGAUUUAUCUGGAUUUGUAUGCUGCGUUUGGUUUAACAUUUGAGGAAAAAUUGGCGAGCUUCUUUUUUUCUUUUCUUAUUAUUUUUGGAACACUGAUUGCAUUUAUUGAGAUUGUUAGGGUUUGAGGUCCUUGAAAACGAGUGAAAAUUGAGCUGUUUGAGAGCUAACAGAGGGAUAAUUUGAGGCUUUUUUUCUUUCUUCUUGUUCUUCUUGUUUUUUUUUUUUUUUGCAUAGUUUUGUUUAGGUUGUUUCUAGAGGUGAAUUGAAGUAUAAUGGGAUAGUAGGUGAAGGAAUAAUGAGUGUUAUUAUUAAUGGGGCAAAGCUUGAGAGUUGUUUAUUUUUAUGAUUAUAAUUAUAGGUAUAGUGUAAAUGUGAAUGUAAAGGGCUGGUGGUGCUCAAAUGGGCGUUGGUUCUAUUAUUAUACAAAGGCAGCAGCAGCAGCAACUUGAAUGGCUGAUACUCAGAGAGUUGGUCUUGCCGAGAGGGAUAUAGAGCAGGCCAUCACUUCACUUAAGAAAGGAGCAUAUUUGCUUAAGUAUGGGCGCAGAGGAAAGCCAAAGUUCUGUCCGUUUCAACUUUCAAGUGAUGAAUCCAUGUUGAUAUGGUACUCCGGGAAAGAAGAGAAACAGCUAAAACUUAGUCAAGUUUCCAAGAUUAUUCCUGGACAGCGCACAGCAAUAUUUCAGCGGUAUCCUCGGCCAGAAAAGGAGUAUCAAUCAUUUUCUCUUAUAUACAGUGAUAGGUCAUUGGACUUGAUAUGUAAAGACAAGGAUGAGGCGGAAGUUUGGUUUGUUGGCCUUAAAGCAUUGAUAACUCGUGGUAGCUACCAGAGCAAGUGGAGAAUAGAGCCUAGAAGUGAAAGUACAUCAUCAGAUAGUCCACAUAUUCGUACACGGAGACAUUCUCGAUCUAUUUCACCUUUUGAUGCAGGGCAUGGAGAUGGUCAAGGAAGUCCUGUUCCAUUUGAGAGUAUUCCGUCAAAUAGACUGGGAAAGGCAUUCUGUGAUAUAAUUUCAUAUACUGCUGCAGAAAAGAGUCCAAGUCGAGCAGAAUUACUUAGUAGUCCUUUUAGCUCACUAAAUGCUGCAUGUGUAGAUAACUCAAAUGGUCGUACUUCUACGGCAGAUACAGUUAGGGUCAGUUUAUCCAGUGCAGUAAGCUCUUCUAGCCAGGGUUCUUAUCACGAAGACUUUGAUGCCUUGGGUGAUGUUUUCUUUUGGGGAGAAGGUGUUGGAGAUGGAAUAUUAGGUGGUGGUGUCCAUAUAACUGGAAUUACAUCUAGUCCCAAGGUGGAUGCAUUUCUGCCAAAGGCAUUGGAGUCUAAAGUUGUUUUGGAUGUCCAUUAUAUCGCCUGUGGUGGCAGGCAUGCUGUGUUGGUCACUAAGCCAGGUGAGAUCUUCAGCUGGGGGGAAGAGUCGGGAGGCAGGCUUGGGCAUGGCAUAAAAGCAGAUGUUCCCAACCCAAAGCUUAUAGAUACGCUAGCUGGAAUGAAUAUUGAAUUAGUAGCAUGUGGAGAGAACCAUACUUGUGCUGUUACAUUUUCUGGGGACCUCUACACGUGGGGUGAUGGUGCUUAUAAUUGUGGUCUUCUUGGGCAUGGAAGUGAAGCUAGUCAUUGGAUACCUAAAAGAAUAGGGGGUGACAUGGAGGGUAUACAUGUAUCAUAUGUAUCAUGUGGACCAUGGCAUACUGCUGCUGUGACAUCUGUUGGUCAGUUGUUUACAUUUGGAGAUGGAACAUUCGGUGCCCUUGGCCAUGGAGAUCACAGUAGUGCAACUGUUCCACGAGAAGUGGAAACCUUGAGAGGACUAAGAACAAUCAGGGUUUCUUGUGGUGUUUGGCACACUGCUGCUGCUGUUGAAAUAACAACUGAAUCAUCUAGUCCAGGAGGUUCUGGUAGCUCUACAUUUGGAAAACUCUUUACCUGGGGGAAUGGAGAUGAAUACCGCCUUGGACAUGGUGACAAAGAACCUAGACUUUUUCCUGAGUGCGUAGUUGCACUAGGUGAUGAAAAUAUUUGUCAAGUAGCUUGUGGGCAUAAUCUCACACUUGCCCUUACAGCAGCAGGACGGGUAUAUACAAUGGGGAGUACUUCUUAUGGACAGCUUGGUAAUCCGAGAGCUACUGGUAAAGUUCCUGCUAUCGUUGAAGGUAAAAUAGCAGGCAAAAUCAUUGAAGAGAUUGCCUGCGGUUCUUACCACGUUGCAGUUUUGACUUCAAAAGCAGAGGUUUAUACAUGGGGAAAGGGUACAAAUGGGCAAUUAGGCCAUGGGGAUAACAAGGACAGAAAUCAACCUACAGUUGUUGAUUUUCUAAGAGAUAAGCAGGUGAGGGCUGUAGCAUGUGGUUCAAAUUUUACUGCAAUCAUAUGUCUUCAUAAAUGGGUUUCUAGCGCCGAUCAUUCAGUGUGCUCCGGAUGCCACAAUCCUUUUGGCUUUAGAAGGAAGCGUCACAAUUGUUACAACUGUGGUCUAGUCUUUUGCAAAGCCUGCAGCAGUAGAAAAUCCCUGAAAGCUUCCUUGGCUCCGAACAUGAACAAGCCACAUAGGGUCUGUGAUGAUUGUUUCAAUAAACUAAAGAAGGCUGCUGAACCUGGUACAGUUCCGCGAAUUCCUAAAUCUAGAGCUGGAAAUUUGAACCAAAAAACUAAUGAGGCAGCAGAUAGGGAGACACUGGAUCCCAAAUUACAGACACAACUCUCCAGACUUCCCUCUUUGGAUUCUGCCAGUCAGGCAGAAAGUUGGCAUUCAAGGCGUGACAGAAUAUCUGAAUCAGAUACUACCCGAGUAUUCCCUGUUCUCAUUGGAAAUUGGCAGUUGGGGCACUUUUAUUCAUCAAAAGGAUCAAGUUUUCUAGGUGGAACAUCAACAAAUUUUUUUUUGAAUCCAGCUAGUGGUUCCAGAAUGCCCCCUCCUGCAACACCUCCUCUUCCAGGAAGGACGACUCCACCUCGAUCUUCUUUUGAUGAUUCAAAGCACAUGAAUGACAGUUUAAGUGAUGAAAUUAUAAGUUUAAGGGCACAGGUAGAAGAUCUUACUUUGAAAUCCUGUCGCCUUGAAGCUGAACUUGAAAGAAAAUCAAGGCAACUUAAAGAGGUCGCUGCAAUAGCAGCAGAUGAAGCUGAAAAACGUAAAUCUGCAAAGGAAGUUAUCAAGUCUCUCACUGCUCAGUUGAAGCAGAUGGCUGAAAAACUGCCAGAACGGCGGAGUCCCAGCCCCAUUUCAGGUUCUAUUACCAAACAUAUCUCCAGUGCUCAAAACAUAUCAUCCAGUGAGAGUCAUUCUUCAAGUGACAUCUCUCCUGAAACUGACUCCAACGGCAAUUCAUCAGAUCAUCAUAUGUUGUACAGAAGCAAAAGUCAAAAUGAUAAACCACAAUGGGUGAUUCAAGCUGAACCAGGGGUGUACAUCACUUUGUCUUCCUUGCCAGGUGGUACUAAUGAACUCAAGCGGAUUCGUUUCAGUCGGAAACACUUCACAGAACAACAAGCAGAGAAGUGGUGGGCAGAAAAUGGUACCAGGGUAUGUGAGCGGCACAACAUACAGAACACAGAUUAGGAGGCAGCUUUUCUUUUUGUUUUUCGGUCAAUCAGUUUUCUCCAAGGAGGCUUGUCUUGUCUGAUAGACUGACAUUACUGUGCAUGAGCCUUAUCCUCUCCACUGGAAACUGUAAAUUCCUUUCUUUUCUUUUCUUUUUUGUUUAUUCUGCCACAAUCAUCCAGUGGAGUUUUUGAGUCAGGAUCAUGGGUCUGCAUUUGGCAACAACUGAAAAUGUAUGUAAGAGUAUAAUAGAAAAAGAUAAUGGAAGUGCAUUUUUGAGUAAUAUGACUGGCAUUAUUGAGUUUGUGCAGCC